CAUCGUGUUUUUUCAAUGACAGUUUCCUCUUGAAACAGGCCAAAUGAAAUAACCACUCGAAAAACGCUGUAAAUACCGGCCUUGAAAGUCUUCUGAGACUGGCGACUUGAUAGCGCCGUUUCAGGAUUGCGUUAUCUUUUCAAGGAGGAGGACGAGACCAAUUGUGCAAAACAAAAAGUUACACAAGUUUAAUGUAGGAAGUUGUAAUGUUAGCCUGGGCUGGGGUGCCUCUGACACUAGGAACAGUACAGUAGACCGCUGUGUGGAUUGGUACAGAAUGGAUGCUUUCUGGUUGUUACUGCUGCUGUUCCCUGUCCUCUUGUGGACGAGCAGCACGUUUGUAUUUUAUUUUAAAAAGGUUUUCUACGUUGUCUGGAUGAUGUUUCUGGCGAUAAUUGCAAUCCCGAUUUGUAUUUUGAAAAGCGGGGGCAGGGAUAUUGAAAACAUGAGGGUGAUCCGAUUUCUAGUUAGACACGUGAAGUAUUUCCUCGGACUGCGAUUCAAGGUGAGCGGCUGGAAACACUUACAGACUGAAGGACCCUACGUCAUAAUAUCCAAUCAUCAGAGCUCACUUGAUGUCCUGGGAAUGAUGGAGAUUCUUCCUGACCGCUGCACCAUGAUAGCCAAGAAGGAGCUGGUGUAUGCAGGCACUGUGGGUCUAGUGAGCUGGCUUGGUGGGAUUGUCUUCAUAAACCGAAAGAAGACCAGUGAUGCCAAGAGUGUAAUGACAGAUGCUGCAAAAACUAUGCUGCAAGACCAGAUUCGUCUCUGGGUUUUCCCCGAGGGCACACGGAACCAGAAGGGAGACCUUUUGCCCUUCAAGAAGGGAGCUUUCCACCUGGCAUUACAGGCACAGGCUCCAAUUAUUCCAGUUGUGUUUUCCUCCUACAGCAACUUCUACUUGCGAAAAGAAAAGCAGUUUAAAUCUGGGACGAUCACCCUCAAAAUCCUCCCGAAAAUUGAAACAAAGGGUAUGACGACAGACGACGUGUCGGCUCUGUCGAACAAAUGCUACGAGAUCAUGCGUUCCGCUUUCAUGGAGAUAUCGGGACAAGACAGCCAAGCCAAUGGGCCAUCGGGUCACUGAACAUUUCCCCCAGCAUACAUUUGACGCUUCCUGGGCACAGAGCCAUGCAGUGGGACCUCUGCCGAUAAAAACAAAUAACUACACUUGCUCAUGUUUCACCUGUUGUGGCAUGCUAGCGAUACAAGCAUGUUAUGGGUUCUUUCAUUGGCGUUAAAAGAAAAGGGAAGUAGGGGGGAGGGGGUUGAAAAGGUUAGGGGUUGACUGUAGGAGUUUGAAGUAUUGUUCAAAUUCCUCUCGAGCCACUGACUUGCUCUGUAAGCCUAUCGACUAUCGGAAGCACCCAUCCAUGCUUCCGUCUGCCACAUCCAAAACCCCAGAGGGAUUUGAUACCGAUCAGGGUAACAUGGACUGUAAUCUGGCUGAUCAGACUGUACCACGUGCAGUCAUGCAUGCAAGCAGUGGGUCACUCGAUCUAAGUUAUUGUUUUCUCUUUAUUAAUCAGUCUGCUUUCCCCCCAAGUUUCAUGUCCUAGCCAAUUCUGAUCCACGUCAUUUCCAAAUGGAAUAUGGUAUAUCAGUGGAUUAUUUCUUGCUUUCACCCUCCUGUUCCAGUCCUCCCUUUGUCCCCAUCCACUUCUGAAAUACAUUCCAGUUCUUAUUCCUGUGCAGGAGGAGAGGAAGAUUAAAAUUUAAACUGCACAUAUCCCUGUGAUGUGUUCUCAAGCUUUUGUCCAACAACAAAUUCCAACAAGAAAAAAAUGACAGAUUUAGUAAGACACUGUGCAAAGCACGUGUUACAUGCUACUGAUAUUUCAAAAGCCUAAUAAGAUACUACAUGUAACCAAAACAAGUGUUCCAAGUUGAAUACUUCCAGAUUUAUUUUUAUGUAUUUUUUUCUCUCCCUUUGAAGAACCUUCUCAGUCAAGCUGUAUAAAAGUGUCAAAAGGUCAAUCCAAACAGUGAAAUGUCCAAAUGUUACUUAUCCAAAAUGCAGUUUUCAUUUUGUGCCACAUGAAAUCUCUAGAUGUAGAAGUGUCAGGUGAUUUGAAAAGGACUACUGGAAUUACCUCGUGGUACUUAGUUUUGAACUGGUUUGAAAGGUUGAAAAAAAUGCAUGUUAGGUUAAGAUGCAACAACAAAAAUAUCUUGCUCAGUUGAAAUCCCAGUUUGGGGCAUGUCAGCAGUGUUGGUGGGACUAAUUUAACUAUUUUAUUAGUUCGUUAUUGAAACGUUUAUUGGAUGACUCUGGACGUCAUUCAGUUUUUUUUUUAAUUUCCAGGAUUUGAGUGGAUUGGCAGAAGUUUCAGAAUGUGUCAUGUGCCAUUUCCACUCCCCCCUGGUUGCUGCAAAUAAAUUGGAGUUGUAGUUGAUUAGUUGAUUAUUGAUGAGGAAUGGGCAACCAAAGAAACAACAUGAUGCUACAUCCUGUCCAAGUGCAUAAAACCCUGUUAGAUCUCCCUGAAAAGGAGUGAUGCAUAGGAUGCAACUAAAUUAUCAGGCCUUUGUUCCAGAUAGCUAAUAUGACAAUUAGUUAACUCACUUUCUUUGUAUUUCAAAGUACAUAUACUGUAGUGAAUAUCAUAACACCUAACAUUACAAGGAAGAGUUCUCUCUCUUAACAACACUAAAGUUAUUUUUUGAGAGAAUACAGUAGAGCUAUUGAAGCUGCUUUGUGCUAUCAAGGCCAGAUGGGAGAGGGACAGACUACAGUGUGGAGAAUGAUACUUUUUAUUCUAAUACCGAUGCUGUUAAAAAAAGAAAAUUAAUUGUUACAGCAGUUCACAUAUUAAGAUUUUUAUUUAUAUCAAAAGGUUAAAAAAAAUCAAAAGAGGAAAACUAUUCGAAAGGGAAAAACAAACCUGUCACUUGAAAACAUCUCCAUGUUAGCUUUUCUAUAGAAUGAUCUAAUUCUGUAAGUGUCCUUCCACAAAAAAGAAUAAAUCACCCUGUACUACACACAUUGGUAGUUACUGUGGAGAAUAUUCUAACAAUUAUGUUGAUUCAGCUGUGCUUUGCAGUUAUGUAUCAAAAUUCUUUGUGCUGGAUGGAAAUGUUUGGUAUGGAAAAGUUUCAAAUAAACUGGUGUUUUUGGUGAACAUAGUAAAACAUUUGAAUUGAUGGGAUCUGUAUCUGGGAUAGUGAUCUCGAUGAACUGCUUGUACUUUAAUUUGCAGAAUUGAAUGAUGUCUUGGGAGGCUGAUUAUUUCAAGUAAAAUACAUGGCAGGGUUUUCUUUAUUGAAGAAAAAACAUUUCAAGUUAAUGCAAGUUAACUUUUUAGUAUUCGUUUUAUUUAUAGAGCUUUGCAGUAACCCUCCUGAAACAUUUCUUCAUGUACAUUACUGCAUUAACAUAUUUCAGUUAGAUAAUGUAGCUUAGACUGCACUUAAAUGACAAAUAAUCCUCCACUGUGACAACUCAUUUGGACAUGGGGAUCAGGGUUUUGGAAAAGAUCAGUUCCAAUGCCAAUGAUUUGUGAGAUACAGUUUGAAUUGGGAACUGUGCAAUACUAAAGGCAUAGUCUUUGUAUUGCAAUAUAAGUUUUGGCACGUUAAUUAGCAUGAAGUACAUUUUCAGUUUCGGAGCACAAAGCUAGAGGUGCUUGGAACUGACAGUACUGUAUCAAUAGUCCAUGGUCCCUUGGACUUGUGAGGAAAUCGAGCAAAGCUUUUGAAAGCAGUUUUUGCUCUUAUGACGCCUGCUGGGAGCUUGCUAGUAAUGCAGCCUCCCUCAGCACACCGAUAAAAAAAAAAAUGAGUUUUUUUCUGGCUGGUGACUGCUUUUGUUGUCCAUUUUCAACAAAACGGUUUUUGUUUGCAGAAUAUGUUAAAGGAGGCACUUAUUCUAGUAUUUGACUAUGGUUGGUAAAGAGAAAAAGAAUGUUAUUUUGAAAAUAUGUUGUUUGCAAAGUAUCCUACAAGUUCACCAAAGCUAUUUAAAAUGUAGGCUUUGUGGUAGCUUUAGAAAAUGCUGAGAGUAUCUGUAUUGAAAAUACAGUGGAAUAUGUGCUUGUGUGUACGUGUAUAUAUAGAUCUGUGUAUAUACAUACACGUGUAUAUGUUUAUACAUACACAUGCAUAAACUCUUGUUGUAAUAUCUCAUUAUGUUCAACAUAAUGGUGUUGUUUUCACAGAAUCUGGCUAAACCUGUUUAAAAAUGCCUUGAAAAAUAAAUUUCAUUUUUCCUAUGGGAA